GGUGGAGCAGCAGGAUACCUGCGUCGAUGCCUCACUGUCACCUGUGCGUGAAAUGAACACCUGUUGCCGGUGGGCUUAAACACACACACAAAACGAAGGAGACGCUCAUAUUUCAGGUGUCACAAAGGAACAAGGCCCCACUUUGUAGUUUGCAGGACAGUUGGAUGGUGUCCGCAACUUUACGCACCAGAAUUACGCAAAGGAUGAGCUUUUAAAACCACCGUGGAAUCUACCAGCUACAGAUUGAGCAUGCUGCAGGUUGUAUGAGUGACAGAUAUGGGGUCAGCGAGAUCGAAUUUGCAGACUUUCACUCUGGUGGUGGUUGUUUGCCACUUUUUGGCCUUAGAAGGCGUGAGGUCGGACGUACGUGGGAAGGUCGGAGGCCUGGUGGAGCUGGAGUGCAGUUUUCCUCCAUCGGGUCCAGCAGCUGCAUCCUCUGCAUCCCUGCAUGUGGUGGAAUGGGUUCGACAAGGACUCGACAUACCUGUUCUGAUUAAAUUUGGAUCCUACGCGCCUCGAGUCCAUCCACAAUAUGAAGGUCGGGUGUCUCUGGUGCGAAUCACCGCCCUGAGGCUGGACGGGCUGCAGCUGAACGACCAGGGCUUGUACGAGUGUCGAAUCCUGCUGCUGGAUAAACCCACAGAUGAGCUGCGAAACGGCACCUGGACUGUGCUUUCUGUAACCGCCCCACCCAUCUUCACUGAAGCCCCGCCCCCUGUGCUUGAGGCUCUGGUCGGAAGCCAUCUUUCUCUUCCCUGCGUUGCUAACGGCAACCCGACUCCAAACAUCACCUGGCUAAAGGACGGCAGUGUCAUUCAAAGUGUAAAUUAUCAGGAAGGGGUUUUAUCUCUGGGAGCAGUGAGCAUGCAGUCAGCAGGACAGUACACCUGCCACGCCUCCAACUCCGAGGGAAACGUGAGUCGCGUGACAAAAGUGGAGAUUAAAGGUCCACCUGUUAUUGUUGUCCCUCCAAAAAGCACCGCUCUGAACAUGUCCCAGAAUGCACUACUGCGGUGCCAGGCGGUGGCCGACCCCCCCAACAUGACCUACGUGUGGCAGAAAGGUGGAGAAAACGUCCAUCACAUCGAGGCUUUGAAGUCGCGAGUGAAGAUCAUGGUGGAUGGAACUCUGCUCAUCUCCAGAGUCGUCCCAGAGGAUUCUGGGAACUACACCUGCAUGCCGACCAACGGCCUGCUGACUCCGCCGACCGCCUCCGCCAGCCUCACCGUGAUGCACCCAGCCAAGGCCCUGCAGGUGCCCCAGCAGACGUACCUCCCCACAGGUAUGGACGGUGUGAUCUCCUGCCCGGUGGCGGCUCGGCCCCCACUGCUCCGAGUAGAUUGGACCAAAGAUGGAGAACCUCUCGACCUCUCCUUGUAUCCAGGAUGGACCAUGAAACCAGACGGCUCUUUGUUCAUGGCCACGGUGAAUGACGAUGCAGCAGGUGUUUAUACCUGCACUCCGUACAACAGUUACGGCAGCUUGGGUCCAUCUGCACCAACCAACGUCAUUCUACAGGACCCGCCGUCGUUCAGCGUCACUCCGGAGAAGCAGUACAGAGAGGAAGCUGGUAGAACCCUGCUCAUCCCCUGUCAGGGAAUCACGGAUCCGACAAUUAAAGUGACUUGGAGCAAGGUUGACGUGGUUCGCAGCAUCGCUUACUCCAUCGAGCCCAACGGUUCCCUGCUGCUACAGCCCCUCCUGAAGGACCACCAGGGGGCGUGGGAGUGCAGCGCCUCCAACCGCGUAGCCUCGGUGAAGGCCAGCACACGAGUUUUUGUCAUGGGAACCAGUCCCCAUGCGGCUACCUCUCUGUCCGUCUCUCCAGGGGUGAGGCAGGCCAACAUAUCCUGGGAGGCAGGCUUUGAUGGAGGAUCAGCACAGACAUUUUCAGUUUGGGUGAAGAAGACUUCAGCGAGCGAUAAUGAUGCGACGCAGGACUGGUUCUCGGUGCCGGUGCCCCCGUCCUCCGGCAGCAGCCUGCAGGUGACAGGCCUGUCUCCUGCCACCGACUACCAGUUCAGCAUCCUUUCCCAGAAUAAAAUGGGAACAGGCCCCUUCAGUGACAUUGCCACAGCGAGAACCUUGGAUCCGGUGCCGAGGAGAAGCCGGCUGAAGCCCCCCACGUCGCUCUCAGCUCAUCAGGACCCAGCAGGUGUCAUCCUGCGCUGGUCGCCUCCCGAACCUCCCGUCACCGGCUUUGUUCUCCAAUCGCGUGUCGACCAAGGGGAGUGGUUUAAUUUGGACGAAGACAUCGGCGCCAACAGCAGCGAGAUCGUGGUUCCAUGUCUGCACAAGGACUGUGUCUACGAGCUGAGGCUGCUAUCUCGUCGCGGGGAGUUGCUGAGCGAGCCCAGUCCAUCAGUCAAUGUCUCCACCGUGGGGAUAGAGACCUACCCGUCCACGUCCCGCCUCCCGGAGUUUGUCCCGGAGCCGCUGCUGGUCGGCGUGCUGGGAGGAGCCGGCUUCAUGUGUUUGGCGCUGGUGGUUCUGCUGGGAUCGGCCUGCCUCAUCAGCCACAAGAGGGACCAGCGCCGCAAAAAGAAGAAGGAUGAGCCCCCUACUGCCAUCUAUAAGUGCUCCUCAUCAAUUUUUCUUCCGCCACCCCUCCCUCUCUUCUCAUGCAGAAAGACUUCAGGCUCCGGCAGUCCAGACAGUGUGCUGAAGAAAUCCUUACUUCCAGCCAGCUCCCACUAUCCCACAUCCUCCUCUGCCACCACCACCACCUCCUCUUCUUUGCAGACAGACUGUUCCUCCUUCAGCGCCGAGAAUCAUCAUUGGCGGAAGCAAUUCGCGUCCAACUACAGCCGAGGCCGCCUCGCUAAAACGUCUCUAAAUUCUCCCCCGAUUGAGCUGAUCUCUAGAGCUCCAGAUGGGCGGUUUAUACUCCCACCAUAUGACAGCACUCUGAGUGUUCACAGCAAGAAAAGUGGAAGGUAUGACCACCCUGCUCGAGUCAGAAGAUCUGUAUCACUGCACUCGGAGAGGGAAGACAGAAAAGAGAUGCCAUUUGUUCUCUCUGUUGAUCUCCCACCUUGCACACAAGACGCUAAUUCCAUAAUUCAAACCUGCGGCCAUCGUGAGUCGUAUGUUGUGGGUCAGAAAACAGGUUACGAUGGGUUUCCUGAUUUCAACAGCUUGUGCUCAGACAGUAGUUUGGCCACCAUUCCUCAUCCCAUAACUCCCACAUUCCCAGUGCUCCCACAUAUCCGAUCAGGCUUCGGUCAGCCGUCCGUGACUGCGAGUGCUCUGGUUCUCCAAAUGGAACACGAACGUGAGAGGGGGAACCUCAGUCGAUGCCUAAAACUGGCUCAGGAGAGGGAGGAACUGGAGAGGGAGCUUCGGAGGUUCACGCUAGAAAGAACCUCCGUGAGGGGAAUGAAGAGGCCCGACUCGGCGAAGAUGGAGGAUGAAUCCUGGGAGUACAAGAGCAGCACUUUGCCCCACCGAUACCAGCAAAGCAGAGAGGAUAGAUACUGUCUGUCGCCGAGCCCUUUCUCAGCAUCUUCCGUCCACUGGGAAGCCCAUCCUCUUGAAUUCCCUCCCACUCUCAUCCCAUCCAGAACCAGCCUCGGUGCUUCGUCACCUGCGACUCCCACUUAUUUUAAGUCCGGCAACCAUCAUCCUUUUCCGUUCCGAUCGGAGGAGGCAGGAGGCAGUUUUUCGAAAGACAGAUUAACUCCCCCGCAUCCCUCCUCAAAGCGCCAGAGACAUGAAAGAGAAGAGGCAGCACCAGAGGGCCAUGAUAAUUCACCACAAUCCACAGUCUUAGGAAUGCAAACGAGUGAUUCAUGCUCUGAGGCACAGAGACAGAGCAAUCUUAGUCAUGGCAGCCUUUCAACGUUGUCUUUCCAUAGCAAUAAAUAUAGUGGAAGAUCUAAUUCGGCUCUUGAUGCUGUGCCAGACUCUUCUUCAAAAGUGGAGGUAGCGUUCCCUGAGCCCACUGACGGAGAAUUGUGUGUCGAGAUGAGCGUGGAUGAGCCAGAGUUGGAGGUGUGUGUGAUGCGGCCUACGAAGCCGAUGCUGCACCACAGAAUCGCCUCUCAUGUGCAACAUGGGCGUCCACUGACCCAAAGAGAGCGGCAUGAAAACAUGAGGAGGAGUACGAGUUUUAACAGCCCUGCCUCAGUGGACAAUAUCAUCAGGGCUACAGAAUCUCUGCAAGCUUCAAAACCAGAACUUUGGAGAGCUGCGAGCCAAGGCUCUAAAGUCUGGGACCCAAAGCAGCGAAGUCGAAGUCUAGACUUGAGAAGACAGAAACAGAGUGAUUUCCUGACUCCGGAUGCAUGGAUAGACUCUCUGAGCCAAGAGAACUGCUCAGUUGCAUCACCUCGUCAUGGCGACUCUCUGUUCUGGAAACCUCACAGCUCUCCUUCCAGGAAGAUUUCCAAAUCUCCUGCAAAUUCUCCUCCCGCUACCCAAGCUGCCUCCCAUUCACCUCCUGCUCGGGAGUCUUUAUCUCCACGGAGCAGUCCAGAGAGGCCCGAACCAAAUCCCGACGUGCAUUCCUGCUACAAGCCAAGAAGGGAGGCAUCCCCCUUACCCGAUGCUGCCAAAUUUCCGGUCACCUACCACGAGGGCAUUGAGGAGACAGGGGGUUACGUGCAGGCCUUGAGGGAAGCUUCCAUAUGCUUACCGCCCGGCAAUCAAGAGGCGCUAGAAGUGGAGGCGGAAGGCUACGAGGGAGUGCCAGAGUCAGGGGGAAGCUACAGCAGCUACGCCAGCAGCGGGCGAGGCAGCAUGGAGGCCACCAACGGGCGACUUUCAAUGUGUCACCUUUCCCCAACCCUCACCAGCUCACCUGAGACCAUAGAGGACAUCCAUGGGGGUGCAGAGGACGAACACAGCCUCCAGAUGGAUCCGAGCCAAAGAAGAAAGGCCUCCGUAGAUGAGAAUUAUGAAUGGGAUGCUGCAGAUUUCUGCCCAGAGCCUGGAGACCAUGAUGGUCUGCGUCCUUCAUUGAAUCUCCUGAAGCCUGCUCUGCGCUGCAGCCUUCCCAGCAUACAGCGCUCCACUAAGGCACUGAAAAAUUACACUCAGCUCUCUUUGCUCCCGGGGCAUCAAAGCAGCUGCUCUACUGAGCCAGAACCAGACACCGUGCUGUUCUGACAGCGUCGGCCUUCGGCUCAUCUCACCUGGUGUGUCUUUUCACGUAUUGACUCGCAUCAGAAGGUAACAAAAAGUGCAUGUGGCAGAAAGUGAGCCUUUGUAUGGUCAAUUGCUUUCCUUUUUUCAAAAGUUGAGGAGGGGGGAAGCUUUUUGACUGAAGGGUGUUCUGUUUGGUCUCUUUGUUAAACUUCAAUUGAAAAGUAAUCAUUUUCAUACAGGUUUCAGUGAAAAGCACUGAAGACAGAAAAUCCCCUCAAAACUUACGCAGAGCUUUCAAAUUUAGUUUUUUCCUUUGUGACCCAACACCAUCACGCUUUUGACAUUUUCCUUUUCGAGGGGGCCUGUCAAUCUGGCAAUAUCAAAGCAUUCCAUUGUGCUGAUAAAUUCACCACGUUCUCGUGUGUAGUUUGAUAUGCAUUCAUCAUCCUGGAUGACUCAGUAGCUACACAGGGGACAAGACGACUCAGUCAUCGUCGAAUGACUCGUCUCUGCUGUGGAUGAUUACCUUUUUUAGAUAUCAUCCAUCACCUAUGGGUUUAACUAAAAGAAGUGUUUAUGAAAUGUCAACAAGUAAGGAAGAUGAAUAGAAUGUAAAAGGUUAUUCUGCUGCACUGUUACUGUUUUUUCUUCAGUGUAACACUCCUUUCUCAAAGUGUAAUUUCCCGGUAGAGAUAGUUAUCUACUUUUUUUUUUUUUUUUGCCGUUACAAAAUGAGAAUUUUUAUCAUUUGAAGAAAUCUCCUCAGUCUAGAUGAAAGGCUUAGUUUCCUCCCUGUCCUUGUUUUUUUUUAAUUAUGUCCAGCAAUUAUAAAGGGUUCAGUCAACUUGCUAGGUUUGUCUUUUUUUUAUUUAAAUAGUUAAAAAGGGAAAUGAGCUUAUUUUGCUUAAUUUAAAAGGGGUAGGUCCACUAAAUGAUGACUGUAGAAGUAUGAAGCAAGUGGAAAGAGAAACAGCCGUUCUUCACAUAGACACAUGGGCGAUAACAGCAGUGCUGAUAAGUGGCACCAGUUGGAUGCUUUCCUUCUUGUAGGGCAUAUCCAUUCAUUCUCCUGCUUAUUGAUUAUCAUCUCGCAAUCAAAUUGUACAUUAGUGGUAUCAUUUUGCAAAACUCUGUUGCAGAUUGAUGCGUAUUUUGAGUGCUCAGUCAUAACAGUAUUUAUUGAGGAAGACAUCCAGACAGAAAUCAGUUCAUCCUAAAGGAAUCUCUACGGUCAAGUGAUUUAUGCAGUUGUUUUCAUGUUAUAAUGUAAGUUUCCAACACUUUAAUCAACAUUCAAGGUGUAAUUAAGCCUGGAAAUCUAUAAUUUACAUAAUACAGUAGGUCCUCGGUUUGCGACUUCUUUGACCUACGGCGUUUCGUGGUUAUGUCACCAUCUCCCAUAAAUUUAUUAAGAAAGUCUUGUUCUAUCAUUCCGAUGUCCUCAGUUUGCAACGUUAAAACAAAUUUCGCGCGAGAACUACUUGACGAGCGGAGAAAUACGUCUAUACAAGGAAGACGGCUUUGUUUACAUUUGCCGGUUGUAGGUGAGUGACGUAGGUAGCUAUGUACAUAUGUACUUACGGUGAAAAUUGUGUUACGUCACGCCACAGGAACUGAAUUCUGAUGUAAGUCGAGACCCCCCGGCAUAUGAUAUGGAAGUGCAAUGACUCAUACCAGCAGAACAUGUAUUUAAUGUAAUUAAACCCAGUUUUGAUUGACAAUGUGCUACAUUAUAAAAGCACAAUAUUUUUUUUAAUCCUUCAUUCAGUCACCUGCAAUCAUCCAACUGCCUUUAUGCAGUAUGCUGGGAGAACUAACGAAGCGUAACGCAUGAAGCUGAAUGUUUUUUUGUUAAUUGUAACACGAGUCUUUUCUGCAAUUUGACCUUAGAGGGGAAUGUAAGGAGUCAAAAGAAUGCAACGUGGAGGACGCCAUCUUAUUAUCUGCUUCUCCUCCAUUCACUCAGGGCCAUUUUUAGCCAUACAGUAGGCGAGCUAAAGGAUGCCAGAGAGGAGGCAGAAAUAUCACCGGCUCGCGCUGCAUCAAACACCAGAUUCAGAGAGGAAUCUGCCGCCAGAUCUGUAGGGGGGGGGCAGUCGGUGAGGGGCUGAUGCUCGCUGUCAUAUCGUUGCCUCUCGCUCAGUGUCGCUUAUUUAGUUCCCACCAAAAUAAAGCAUGUGUAUCAUCAUACAGUUACACAAUAACCGUCGGAUAUUAACGUAGACGUCCUAAAACGAGGCAGCUGUGAGCAAAUGCAGGACGCGUGAUUGUUUUGACCCUUUUAGUGUUCACUGAAGCAAUGCCGGCUACUGCUUUUUGAUGUGCUACCUUCCAGGUGACUGGGCACUCGAAUGCUGUUUGCCAAAAGACAAAUGCACAACAUCAAACAUCAAUUUGAUUAUUUUAUGAGCGGUGUAUAUUUCCCAGGUUGUGAUACGUAUUGAUUCUGAAACAUUUCCACCAAAGCCUCACUUCCUGCUACAGAUUAUUCAGCUCCAGUGGAUCACACCGUUGCCCCUAAACCUGCUGAGAGAAACAUGCUCUCUUAUUUUCUUCAUGAACAAUGUAGAAGAGUGGAAAAAAAAGGGAGGGGGUGGGGGGUUUGCUUGCUGCUUCUCUAGCUUAAGGCUUUCACAUUAGUCAAGCAAAUAAUUAACUCAGAAAUCCACAGUGUACCAAAGCAUUGUGGGGUAUCCAUCCUAUAAUUGAAAUUCACUCAUAGAGGCCACAUUUACUGCAAAUCAAUGUUUCACUUCUGUAGAACAUUUUCAUUUUCUGCUGUACACAUAUUGUACCUCCAGUCCAUAAUGAGCCAGCCCCAUGUGCUGCUCUGGGGAUUUGUAGUCAGCACUAGUUUUUUCUUCUUGAAAUUGAAUCUAAAUAUUGCAUUUUCUAUACAUCAAACGAGGAUGUGAAUAUAUUUUUUGCUGUACAUUUGCUGAUGCUCAAGAUCUUAAACCUGAAUAGGAGAAUCAUAUGGAAAACUGUGAUAUAUUGUAUGCUUAGUGUUUUUUAGGAUUAGGUUUUAAUCAUAGAAUGUUCUUGCAGAAAAUAAAAAGCACAACAUUGUCUGGCAGCUGUGCAACAUCUCAAUAGAAAUCUGUUCACAAAGAGAUGUGAACAACAGCGAGGGCUCAUAAACCUGAUUGUUAUACUGCUACCUUUUUCAGUUAUUGUGUGUACUUAAGGGGAUUAGCUUCAAAGCGAGCAGUCUUUUAUUACGUCCAUUAAGCGGUGAAUGAAUUAUUUGGAAAUGCCAGGAAGUGACUCUCCAAGCUAGAAACCAAUCAAGGUCUCAUGAAAUGAAAUGUCAUAUACAAAUUGAAAAGCGCAAUCAUAUGGUGGUCACCUUAUCUUAGAAAGUUCAAAAACUCACCAUAAUUGGUGAGCAACCGGAGCCCGUGUUUGAUUGAAUAUCAGUGGAAAACUUUCCUUGAUGUUUGGUGUUUUAGAAAUAUGGAGGUGGAAAAUAUUUGUAGAGACAGUUACAGUUAAUGCUGCUUUUUGCCAAAUAGUUUUUCCAAACCAACACUAAAGGGGCUUUCAGGCAGACACCACUGCACUCUGAAAUCCAUUAUUUCCAAUCACUUGCACCAAACCACAAUGGUUUCGUCGCUGCGUCAAACAAACUGCAGUGUUCAAUUACAUGAACUUUUACAGCUGCACACAGUAAAAGAAACUAGACGUUCAUUCAGACAUGAAGGACAAAAUGGAGGAAAGGCUGAUAUUGUGUUUUGUCUGAAUUUCCUAAGUUACGGUGUGUUAAUAAUGAAAGAAAGGGAAAUCUUUGCAGUCAGAUUUCAUCCAAGCAAGCAUGUUAAGGGUCUUUUAACAGUUAGGUAGCUUGUUGUAGGUAGCUAUACAGCAACGGGCCUCAAAUAACUUUGGGUUGCUAUUUGUGCUCCUUUAACAGUUCUAUAGAACAAUUUCUCAGUUGAGCCCCUUUCAGACAUGCACUCCUUUCUCUUAAUCUGACAGCAAAUUCACAUUUCAGCUUCAUGUCUGGGUCAGUUUUUUGGAAAAUGUGCGACCGGAAACUGCAAAGUUAGACCUGGUAACAUUUCAGUAUCACUUUCAACACAGAACAAGUCAGAACUACAUCCGAUCCCUUUAAUAGAUCGACAUGACCAAGCAACAGUACGUCGAAAAGAAGGCUCUUCCCCACAUACUGAUCAGCAUCAGAAUUCACACGAGCGUCUCCAAACAGUGACAGCUGCUCAUAACAGCAGCAGCAACUUCAUUACUUGUAAUUAUAAAUUAUCCCUGACAGGAAAACAGGAUCAGUUUGGGUCAGGAUCCAGCAGUAAAUCACACUGUGUAGCUUUCUUCCCAUCAGACAGACGAACUGCCACACAGAGUUUAGUUUUGGUGCUUCCAGCUGUUUUCAGGAGUGUGUGAAGUGAUUAAGGGGAGGUGUUUUCACAUUUUAGCAGCAAUACUGACUCAAAAACACCUAGGAGAGAGUCUUUCCUCUGAGUUUAUUAAAUAUCUGCAGCAUCAAACAGCAGCAGGAUUCAUAUGAGUCUCCAAAAUAAGGGAGCUGAUGGACAGAACAACGGAAGUAGCUUCAUUAAUUAGCUACAGUUGUAAAGUAACAGUGUUUUCAAUGUUAGGAAAUCAUAAAUCAACUUGGCUUUUAUUCAUUUGGAGGCUUUUUCCAUAUGUUGACAUCAAUAAUGAUCCAAAAGCAUCCCAAGGAGAGUCUUUCCUUGGAGUUUAUUAUUACAUGUAGCAUCUGACAGCAGCAGGGUCCAUAUGAGUCUCCAAAAUAAGAGAGUUGUUGCACAGAAUAACAGCAGUAAUUUUAUUAAUUAGCUAUAAUUAUAAAGUAUCCCUGACAUGGGGACAGGUUCCAUCAAAUCUAACAUCAAGUCAUACUGUUAUCUUACUGUAGGCAAAGUUUUAGUUAGAUUAUUAGUUAUUUGGGCACUUACAAACUGCUGUUAGAUUUAAGUUUGUUUUAGCAUUAAUGUUCAUUAUACCUUACUUUUUGUGUUGUCUAUUCACACAUGAAUGAAAGAGGAACAUUAUUGGAAAAGUGACUUUAUGUUUGAAUGGCUGAAUUCCAUCACAUAAUGGAUUGAUGGAGCUCCAUAUCUCAUGCUUGAAAAGGGCUUUAGUGACAUAGUUUUACUAGAAAUUAUGAAAACUCCACGUAACACGACAAAUCUGGUACGAAGAGUAUUGUGUUCUACACCUGAAAGCUCCUUCAGGUGUCACCAGAGUCACCGCUUUCAUUUUCUUCACUGAGUAAUUCUCAACUUUCUUUUAACAUUACCAGGUUGGAUUAAACUGAUUUUCAUUCAAAGUCGUUUGUAUCCUCUAACCCAUUCAAAAGUUACCCUCUCUCCUGCACAAAUACAUAUAAAAUAUAAAGUAAUCCUUUGACCAACAGUUUAACAAAGCUUCAUAUUACACAAAGUCCACAUAAAAAUGAAGAGAAGGUGCAAAUAAGCGCCUGACUGUGAGCCAGUGUCCUUCUAAGGCGAUUAGAAAAACCCUGACUGAUAAAGAUCAGAAAGUUUUUACAAUUCAAAACAUUGAUAUUUUCAUGGAUUUUUUUUGUAAAGCCCCCGAAACUCUGCAGCAAAUCCCAGGUAAUUCUCUGUGACAUUAAAUAUGUAUGAAAAUAAGAAACAAUAAUAGCCGUAGCACUCAGGAACUCAGAUAAUCUGCUUUAUCGGUGAUGUGUAGGUGGAGUUUCAUUACAUUUGUGACAACUGGCCGACUGGCUGGAUUCUUAUUAUUGAGAUGUUGCUGAGUCCUGAUUGCUGCAUGUGAGAGACUUUUGUGAGAAAAGUAUAGAAAAAGUAAGAAGAAAACCGUUUUCAUCUCGCAGUAAUAUGCUGAUUAAGGAAGUGCAUUUUCAAGUCUUUUAAAGUAGGAAAUGCUUAUAAUGAACACAUUACCUUUAGUAUGAGGUGUUCUACUGCAGAGUCAUAUCAAGGCUUUUAUUUUGUUCCUCUGUAUGUGCAAUGAAAGGAAAGAAAUCAGACUCGGGUCAACGCCUCUUUCAAGACAUGGGAACAUAUAUAUAUAUAUACAUACAAUAGCAAGGAUUGGAUUUAUCAGAUUUAAACGAACAAGGUUGUUUCAGUACCUUAAUGCUCAGUGGUUUUCACAUAGCCUGAAGAACAGAACAUUUACACAAGCCAUAGCAGCAGCAGUCUGAUUUUGUAUAGAAAUCUAGCUCCACUCUGCACUUUUGACACCGAGUGGGCAGCUGACUUCAUUGACUGAUAAAAUACUGGUCUUACAUAUGAACCGCCUUCUAAUCAUCCUAAUGGUAUUAGCAGCAGACAGCAGCCGUCUCGGGGAAAACAAUCCGAGGUAACAUCACAGCCAUCUUUUUUUUAAUCCCCCUGCAGUCGAAAUUUAUUUGGACAUGUCUUUCAUAUCGCUUUGACAUCCCAGAUUACGGGGUGGAACAAACACGUGUCUGACUGCCGAGUGGAGAUUUCACAAUGCUGAGAGCAAACACUGUAAGCGGUAAUGAGUGUGUACAAGGGGACUGGAACGACUUCUUUCAAAGGCGAACACUUGAAUCAUUCAGACGACAAAAGUUCACACUGACCAGUUGUGUUUUUUUUCUUUGCACAUGCUGUGAAUUCAUCAGCCGUGUGCUCAUUGGUAUUUAGGCUUCUUAUUUCCACUGACGAGAGGCUGAGAUUGAUAACAGCUUUAUAUAGAAGCUCUGACACUUUGCACGGCUUUUAAUCAUGUGUGAUAAUUAGCCCUAAUUAACUUACAUUCUCAGCUCUCAUAGUAUGAUUAGAUCUAUUGUAUAUUUUACCGAAGCAUUUAAUUACAUUUACCUCCGCUGCGCUUCAAAUGGAUAUGUGACUUUUAAAGUCCCUAACAACUAAGACAUUUGCAGUCCUGGCUGAUUUUGGCAACACCUGUGGGUCUCCAUGGCAACACCAAGUGGGGUUUGAUGCUACAGUCACACACAAUCCUGUGGGCAGCCAGUCAGUAAGAAAUACAACACAGCAAUUUGGCUUUUUCUGUGAGCCACUAUGAUCAGAUUUCAUGUGGCACAAGUAGUUUUCCUUCUUGUUAUUUAUUCACUGGGCUAUUUAAAACUGAUCUCCUGCUCAAUAUGGAAAUUUUGUUCCACCCGAUGAAGGUUUUUAAUGUGAAGAAGUGGCAGUGAAAGCUUAAAAUCAGAAAUACAGGGAACAGUGAGGAUGAUAGUGGUAAGAUAAAAUUAAAAACAGUAUUGCUAUAUAUAUUUAAGCUCAAUUUUCUUGAACUUAAAUGGCAGCAGUGGUUGAAAAUAGUUUAAUUUCUUGAUGUUCUUGAAUUUAAAAACACUCAUUUGUUUAUAUAUAAUAAUUUUCUCAAAAAACGUCAUUUUACCAAAUUAGGUAGUUUGGAGUCACAUUUCUGGCCACCCAAUGAAUGCAGAUCAAAUAUUCAGUCUCUUUUGGCUCCAUGUUUGGUCUCCACCAGCUCCUGAGGGAAAUACAUGACCCUUAAUCACCUAAAUGCUGCAGUAUAUCUGUCAGACAGUUAUUAUUUUAUACCAAGAAUCAGCAAGAUAGAGUUGACAACAGUUUUGCUAUAUAUUUAUGCACAGUUUCUUGAACUUAAAUGGCAAUAAUGGCAUAAAAUAGUUCAUUUCAUGAUGAUCUUGAAUCUAUAAACCCAGAUUUGUAGAUAAUCAUAAUUUUGUAAGAAAAAAAAACCUUUUUGCCACAAUAGGUAGUUUGGAGUCAUAUGUCUGGCCACCCAAUGAAUGCAAAUCAAAUAUUCUCUCUGUUUUUGCUCUGUUUUUGGUCUCCACCAGCUCCUAAUGGAAAUACAUAACCCUUAAUUGCCUCAAUGCUUCACUGUGUUUGCCAGGCAGUUUUUAUUUUAUAACAAGUUAUUACAAAAAUAUUGACUCUAACCACUUUCAAUAAAGAUCAAUUUUAGACAGUCAAGUUCCACCUUAACUCUCCCAGGAAGUGAAUUUGUUCCAUUAUCUCGAGUCACUCAAACUGUGAUUACUGAAGGGAACAGGAAGUGUUCUUCUGUGGUUUUUAUGUGGAGGCCAAACCUGCGCUCAAUUGAAAAGUUGACAAUCUGUACUCUUUCUCUUUGGCGGAAACUUUGUUGUGACGUGCAAGUUAGAUACAGCUCUGAUUAGAUUUAAAAUUAAAACAGAUGAUUCGUGUCAAGUAGUGCUGAAAUAAUAGUCAGAUGUGUUAUUUAAGAAGAAGGAAAGCACCCCCAAAAUCACUGGUUGCACUCUCCAUGCUUAUUUUUCCACUUUUCAUAUCCCUGCAAAUCAGUUUGUGUGCUGUUAGAUAAACAAACAAUUUAGUAGAUUAUAAUGGGCAUUUUUCCGUGUACUUUCAAACUAGUUGCUAGAUAACCUCAUUCAAGAUCUCCAACAAUGACUCACAAAACAUUGCAUUUGCACUAAAAGAACAAAAACACCACACAAAAUGCACACAAUUAGUCUCUCAUGGCAAGACAUUCAUGUUUCAUUUAACCUUGCAGACAUCCGUAAUUAUUUUUGUUUUUUUUCACCGUCUUCAAGCAGACUGCAGCAGGUAUUUUAUUUUUGCAUGACAGAAAGAAUGAGGAUGGCAAUUAACGCUUGUUGCCGAGGAUAAGCCGCGACUAUUAUCUCCUGCCAAGUGUAAAAUUAGUGCGAUUAUCAGCAAUAUUACCAUAGAAAUAUGGUCAGACGUGGAUAAUUUCAAGAUAGAAACCUAAAUGGGAGUUUUUCAAUCAGUCUAUCUGCACAUCCGGCGUUCAGUCGGUGAGGCAAGAACUCACAACAUGUCAGUGAAGUUAAUUACCUCACCGAAUGCCUCCCAGCAGAGUGUGGAAUAAUAGCAUCAGGGGAGAGAGUGACUUUUCCUGUGUUGUAUUGGUUUUAUAGUACGGCAGAAUCUCUCUUAACCCCUAUUUCACUUUAAUUAGGCGUGUACCCAGGAGACGGACUUCUUUUUUUGGUGAAAAACAUUCUUGUUAUCCCAAGGGCAAUGACCUUGCAGUGAGUGUUUCUUAUUCUCUCAUUGAUUACAAAGCGUGUUCAUCCAGAAUUGAUGACCUUAUUAUAAUGGGUGGUUUUAACGUGUCCUUGAGAAUCCACUCGCGCCCGGAAGAUAAUUGAGCCCAAUUUCUCACCGCUACUGUUGACAUUAUGAAGCACUUUUCAGGUUUUUAGAUUUAUGACGAUUAUAUUUGACUCAAAUAAAUGGCUACCUUUUCAUUAACUGAAAGAAACUGUAGGUGUAAACUUUGAGUCCUGGGAAGUAAAGGAUAAUAUGUACAUUUACAUUAAGAAAAGAAUAGUGAAAUAUGCAGAUUUUUAUAUAUCAAUAGAGCAUAUAUGUGUGUGUACUGUUGACUUUUGCAGAUGAAUUUGUUUGAUUUCCUUUUUCUGUAUUUAUGGUUCAGGAAUUGGUGUAAAUGUUCUUAAAUUUAGCCAGUUCUAUGACAAUGUUUACAAAAAACGUGACUGUAAUUAAGCAAAAGAGCUCAUCUAGAUGGAAAAAUUUGUCAAAAGCAUUUAUUUUAGCUGGGAGGACUUCUUUUUAACAACUACUCAUGUUUGUAUUCAGAUGAAGAAUUUCAGUUUUUAAAUGUUGGCUCAGUUUUCAAGGUAUCUUUUUUUAUGUCAAAAGUUCUGAUUUGUUCAUAAGUGUUUGAUUACAGCAAUAUUUUGGCAGAUUGUGAUUUGUUAGAUUUUUUAUGUUAUGUGAAUUUGUGCGUCUUGUAAAAUGAUUACUUUUACUUACCGAGACAGUUUUUAAAUAGAUUCUACAUAUAUGCACUCCCUGAUUCAGGGUUUCCAUUGUUUCCGAUGAAAAUGUAAAUUGUAAACUAUUUUAAGAAUUCGUGUACGGUGAAAUAAACCUCUUUGCAGGACA